AUGGCCUACCUUCAGCUUCUAGACUGCCUCCACGUAGAUGACGAGGGAGAUCUGGAGUUUUAUCCUCAUGAAACCACAAGUAUAAAUUGUGACACAUCACCCAACCCCCUCGUGCUGUCAGGCUUUUUGGAUGAAUACACAGGUGAUAUCGAAUGGAUUACAGAUAUCCCACCCAAUGUGAAUGUGAAAUUAAAAGAAUAUGUGUUCCCCGAACACUUGUCGUAUGUGGAGCUAAUAUAUAAUUCUGGAUCUAAUAAUGCUACAGUGAGGACGAGAAUGUCCCUGGAUGUGGAUAUUAUUGAGAGUAACCAUCUCUUUUAUGCUGUUGUUUGCCAAAGGAGUGGAAUGACGAAUGAGAUAGAGAAUGCACGGGACGUAGCCCUACAAGACUUAAACGACAAUUCCCCAGAAUUUCAACAAACUCACUACAAUGCUUCAGUAUCAGAGGUAGCUGCAAUAAAUUCCACAGUUAUCAAAGUGAAAGCUGUCGAUAAAGAUUUCUCGCCUGAGUUGAGCUUCAUUACUUACAGUCUUUGGGGUCCAAACUCUGAUUACUUUUAUAUAAGGGAAGGAGAUGGAAACAUCAUGGUGAAUAAAACAUUGGAUUACAACAAGAUCAACCUUUUCAAUUUAACAGUCCAAGCAAAGGAAAAAUAUGGAAGCAACAAUGAUACUGCAUCGUUACUAAUUAAAGUACAAGAUUACGAUACGUUGAAUCCCUAUUUCAGUCAAUCAGUGUACAAUGGAAGAAUCAGUGAAAACCAGGUGGGUCCUGUGGCUAUUCUCCCAGAGAACAUAAUGGCUAAAGAUGGAGACACGGGUAUAAAUGAAAAAGUAUUUUACAGCAUCAAACUAGUGAAACCCCCAGCCUACAGCAACACCUUUUCCAUCAAUGCAGACACCGGACUGUUGGAAGUGAAGACGGCAGUUGACAGAGAGGAAUGUCCAUAUCUUGUCGUGGGCAUUCAGGCAACUCAGCAAGACAAUAUUUUCAAAACAGCUGACGCAGUAGUGGUGGUCACUAUUGAAGAUGUGAAUGACAAUUAUCCAGUGUUGUCACAAUCAAGUUACAAUAUCUCAAUUCUAGAAAAUUUCCCAAAUGGGAUGGAAGUUCUUCGAGUAACGGCUGUUGAUGAAGAUGAGGGAGGCUUCCAGGGAACAUUCAUUCUCGGUGAAGCUGAAAGUCCCUUCCAGCUAAGUCAAGCUGGGAUCCUAACUGUGGGGAACUCCAUGCUGUUGGAUAGGGAGACAACACCAUCUUUUCGCCUACAGGUCACUGCUAGGGAUCAUUCGCCACCUUACAAUGAGGCACACUUUACAAUCAACAUAUUGCUGCUGGACGAAAACGACAACAGCCCGGCCUUUAGAGGCACGCCCUACAAACAACACAUUUUCAUCAACAUGACUGCAGGAAUGUCCGUUCUUCAGGUUGCUGCUGCUGAUCCGGAUGAUGGCAUAAAUGGAGAGAUAAGCUUUAUCUUAGCAGGUGGCAAUGAAGAUGGAUACUUUGAAUUGGAUACAUCUACAGGACAAAUCAGUUUAAAAACAGUAAUCCCAUUAGGAGUCAACGAGCUUAGGAACUUUGUCUUAUGGAUAACAGCUAUUGAUGGUGGGACAAUGCCAAGAAGUUCAUCAGUGCCAGUACAAAUCUUUGCGGUGGGAGAUUCCAGACCACGGUUUAUUCAGAAAACAUACCAUGUGUCUUUGGAAGAAGAGCUAGACAGUCCUGUUGAAGUAGCAAGAGUAAAGUAUGAGUCGUUAAAUCCCCAUGUACCAGUUACGUUUCAAGUACUGACGGAAUCUGCUACAUUCGACAUCGAUGUCAACGGAACCAUCUCGACAAAAACCAAACUGGACUAUGAAUCCCAGAAUAAUUAUGUGCUAAACAUUUCCUUGUCGGAUGGAAAUACUACUGACUAUGCCGCAGUGUUUCUCCAAGUUACGGAUGUCAAUGAUAACAGUCCUGUGUUUGGUAUAACCACCACCACCAUUACCAUUCCGGAGAACAUGCCAGCUGGACCUAGUAUUGCCAGCGUGUCAGCUGUGGAUGCGGAUGAGGGUUUUAACGGGUUAGUGGUUUAUAAUCUGAAAGGUGGAGAAGGAAAAAUGGACAUUGACUCCUCAGGAUUAAUUUUGCUGGAAAAGAAAUUGGACAGAGAAACACAAGGCUUCUACAAGUUAACAGUGAUUGCCAGUGACCAAGGCCAACCCGUGCUGUCUACAGCGCUCAAUUUGACAGUCAUUGUUGACGAUGUGAAUGACAACCCUCCAGUCUUCUCAUCAAGUGAAUACAAAAUAUCUGUCCCUGAAGACGAAGUCCUCGGAAGGGCACUGUAUACGGUAUCUGCUACUGAUCUGGAUGCUGGGACCAAUGCUCUCGUGAAGUAUAGAAUCGUUAGCCAGAAACCUCCAACCUCCUCGCCAGUGUUUCUUGUCAAUUUGACCACAGGCGAGCUCAGCCUGAGCCAACAGCUGGAUUAUGAAACCUCAAAGACAUUUGAAGUAGUCGUGGAGGCAUCAGAUGGAGGGCAGCCAAGUCUCAGCGCCACAACAAGUGUUGUUGUGCAGAUACUAGACGUCAACGAUAACCCGCCAGAAUUUAAUCAAGCAGCUUAUGAUAUAUCUGUGUUUGAAAACCUGCAGAAGGGUAGUACUAUCUACACAUUCAGUGUUAUGGACAAGGAUGAG